UUCAAGUUUAGCGUUUCCUUAAACGUCUCUGAAAACAAGCAUCCAUUCAAGAUGCUCUGUUUCAAUAGCUUUGGUGAAGUGUACUCUCAUUUUCUCUUGGUUUUACAAGCAGUUGCACUAAUAGUGGAAGUACGCCUUCAACGAGUUGUCCCAUCGUUUCACUCAACUCAGCUCUUGCAAGCUCCAAAAGGACAUUACGUGGAACUGAAUUUCACCUUGAAGACUUCAUAUCCAACACCAUGCAUUAAUGACAUGUACCUUGAGGUUCGCGAUGGACAUAACGAGUCUUCCAAUCUUCUUGGUGUAUUUUGUGGGAGUAAUAUUUCUGGUAUUGUGCGAUCCAGUGGACAGAACUUGUGGUUGAGAAAAUCAGAUAAAUUCAAUCACGAGUGGUUGCAUAACAAUUUCAGCGGUUCAUACAGUAACAAAACAGCUAAUACAACAGGCAAGCAUUGACUAACUGAAUUUUUAAUAAGCCACUGAAAUACAGUGCAUAUUUUGAGAGUUUUACACUUCUGAUGAAAUGAAAAUGGCCAUAGCUAAUGCUUCUUGUACUCAACUGCUUUUGUAAUUGCUAAGAAUUCUUUUUUUUUUUUUUCCAGUCAAACCCAACCUUGAUAAAGUAGUCGAGACUCAGCUCGUUCUUUUCAAUCAUUCCUCAUCUCUGUGGUGUCCAGCACAGGGUGCACCGGCACCAGUCAUUGUUUGGAGAAAGAACGGCAUUCUGGUACAGAACAGUACAAGUGUACUAUAUCAGCUGAAUAUUACUGGAGAAAAAAAUGGCAAUUACAGCUGUGAGGUGAACACGCAGGAUGGUUUUGACAAGAAACGAAUCCAUCUUGUCAUCGAGAGUGAGUUUUAG